AUGUCGGAAGAUGAAAAGAACAAAAGCAUUUUACAGUGGCAAGGUACAGACCUUCAAAACAGUUUGAACAAAAAAGACUUCACAACUUUAACGAAAAGAAAAAUAGACAGUUGGGAAAAUGAACGUGUAAAUGUUGCAGUUUUAGGACGCACUGGUGUUGGAAAAUCGCGCUUCCUAAAUGCAAUAAGAGGUUGUCACUCACCGAAGGAUCAAGCUUAUGCACCCAUAGGAUCAGUUGAAACAGCUUCUAUACCAAAAGCAUAUCCCCAUCCAAGAAAUAAAUUCCUACAACUAUGGGAUUUACCUGGAAUUGGAACUGAAACUUUUCCUAGGAAAGAAUACAUCAGAAAUAAAGAUAUAAAAUUCUAUUCCUACGAUAUCUACGUUAUUAUGGCGUCCGACAGAUUUACGGAGGACGAAGUUUACUUUGCCGAGAAACUCGAUGAUUCCGGCAAAGUAUUCAUAUUUGUGCGCACAAGAGUUGAUAUAAAUUUAGAUGGCGUGGAUGAUAUUGAAGCCGAAGUAAAGAAAAUAAGGAAUGAUUGUGAGAAGAUCGUUAGCAAGUCGACGGUAAAAUCAAAAGAUGUGUACUUGAUAUCAAGCAAAUUGAUUGACCACUGA